AGGUGACUUUACGUUCGGUGGAAUAGGUGGGUUUGUCAGGUAGAUAGAUACAUUGUGCGGCCCCGCCUCAGCGCAUAUCCUGUUGAUGCUGGCUCUUACCAUUAAACUAUUUGCGGUCUGUCGUUACCAGCGGCUAGUCCGACAUGUGGCAGCUGGUUUUGCCUUGGGUGUCGAAUGCGCAUCGUCAUUUUCCAUUUUCCCUCUAUUGGCGAUGAGGAUGAGGUGGAUAAUACUUCACGGCCUCUUUAUUGCUCUAGCAUGGAUCAAACCGGCACGAUCAGAUAGUUCAGGAUUUGCAAAAGACAGUCACAAAGGUGGUGAUAAGCUUUCACCCAUUACAAAUCUGCAUUCUUUUUGUGUUCAUCUUUGGUUGUUUACAACUCGCUGUCUCUUUUUGUGGGAUCAUACCUAUCCGAAUGGGACAGGCAAUAUCAAUUUCUUUUUCCAACUGAAACUAAAUCGAACAAUGCCUUGGAAGACUCGGCGUCUGAAUGUAACACGUACAUUGGUCUACUUCAAUACCCCAUCAGGAAUUGUAAGGGUAAAAGUGAGAGCAGAGAUAAACUCAAAGAGAAGUAGAGCAGUGAAGAUAACAAUAAACUUGGGUGAAGCAACAUCUAAGACGCAAACAGAAUUACAACACAAGCCUGAGCUAGUUUCAACUCCCACGCCACUAACAAAUGCUCAAGAUGAAGAAGAUGAACCCAAUGUCAUUUCAUCUAUUGCUGCUACUGCAGCUAUAUCGACCUGCGCAGUAAUAGUAACAAUACCAUUACUAUUGAGCAUCUUCUUGGGUAUAAAGCAUCUUGUAAAUGGGAGUAUUUCUGAAAUGAGACUGAAAGCACUGAAAAAGAGAACAGAAAAAUGGAACAAAAUGGACUACAAAGGAAGUUUGGAAGAGGAAGGAGAAGUACAACAAUCUCGCGUUUGACUAAGUUUUUCUAGCUUGUUAAAAUUAAUUUGUGCAAAUAUGUAGAAAGUCUUGAUGUUUGUGCAUGUUCAUGCCAUUGUCUAAUAAGCGAAUAGCUGAAUCUCUAGUUGGAGACAUUUUGGCUUUGGAAGCGUUUGUUGAUAUACAUACUAUUUGUACUGCGGAAAUAAACAUGCACUA